GGGAUCUGUAGAGAUGAAAGGAAUGCUUUAUUGUUCACCUCAGAGCAGCUAGAGUCACACACACACAAAAACAACAUAUUUCUGCUAACGCUCUCUGUCUCCUUGUGCAGUAACUCAGCUGAGCCGUUGUACCUUCACAGAAGUCGCAGGGACAGAGAAAUCAGACACCCCACUUCUCUCAGACUGUCCGUUACGUUUUAUUGCUAAGCGGCCUCUAGUGGAAGGCAACAGGGUUUAAUCGCAUCUUAAUUAAUGCAAGUGGGUUUCAAGCACACAUGCAUAAACAAUCGAUCACACUUUUCUGCGAAAGUGGCCACUCAUGCUUUUUUUCCCUUUUAGCCUGUUGUUUUGCUUUUUUCUGCUAACUGGUUCAUCAUCACGACUCCUUUAUGCCGCAGUAGGCUGAUAUUUUCAUUGAGAGGACAUCACAUGCCCAUCAACAGACAGUCAACAGACAGAAUGUAGUGAAUGAAGACAGAAAGACAGACAUUCCCCCCGAGGAGAACAAAACCAGAGCUAAAAGAAACAUGUCAGUCAGGUCGACUGAAACAAAUGAAGUUUGUUUUUUUGAGGGAGACUCAAAAAACAUUGAACACAGCACAAAGUGUUGACCUGCCCUCAACACGUAUGACCCGACGGCCCCCACUGCCAACAUCCUGUUUCCAGACACCACAGGACGCCCUCAGAAGGCCCAUGUCCAUUCUUUGAUGAGUCACAACUGUUUUGGAGGCACAAGCAAGACUUGAGACAAUAUUAGGAAGGACGUCAUAAUGUUACGCCUGAUCUGCGCAUUCCCCAAAUCAAAGGUGUGUCGAACCCUCUCUGUUUGUCUCACGCCUCUCUUUUAUUUAUUACCCCGGAGUCAAGCAAUUAACAUCUUUGCAUCAUGUGUGUGUCAGGGAGAGGGGUGUCAGUGUUACUCUGUAUCUGAUGCGUGUGUAAUAGAAACCGUUUGAUUACAGGUUCAUCUGAUCAGGAAAAGCGCUCCUUAUAAAAUGAACUUAAAAGGACGAGCACUGAGAGCUGCUGUGUGCACACCUAACAUUUUAUCUGCUUUUAGCCAUGUUUGUGUGUGAUCACGAUGGUGCUGCAUUCAAGUACGUCAAUCAUUGUACGCUUACAUCUCUACAAGCUUCCUCUUGGGCUAGGAAAGUAAGCAACCUACCCUAAGAUGAGAACAAAUAAUAAUAAUAGUAAUGAUAAAUAUAUAGAAUCUGAGGUUAUUCUGAGUUCCUGCAGAACAGACAAAUUAUGUUAUGUUCCUUAAGAUCCAGGCAGGGUGGAAACAAUUAUGAAAAGACUUGAAAACUGACACAAUUUUCCUUUAAAUUCAUGUUUCUGAUAAUGCCCCUUUUCAUUCUUCUGUCUUACCCUCUUGUCACACUCACCUUCUGUCCAGCCUUAUCUGCUGUCAGGAUUAAAACUCAAUAUCUGGCUAAAUACAACUAUAUGUUAAUCCUUCCUUUAUCUAUCUAUUCCUCCAGUCCAUCUUUAGUCCUAACAGCAGCAUGCUCCACCUUGACGUUUCCAUACAUAUGAAAAUCAUCUCAGCAGUACUACUGUAAAUGUAGCUGUUAUCUGUUAUUUGGAAAGUGCAAAAGAUACCAUCAAGACUUCUUACGCUGCAUGGAUCUGAACUGGAUUCUUUCUCAAAUCGUUAAUAGAAGAGACGAAUGAUGAAUGAAUAGCUAAUUUAUUCUCAAUUGAUUCCGUUAAGUUAAACAAAUGAACAAGACAAAGGGCAUAUCUAUCAAUGGGAACAGGCACAAACCUACUGACACACUCUGAGGCAUCCCCGGAGCAGGGAUUGGACGAGAAACACAGAGAAAGGGAGAAGACUUUCCCACCCAUCCGCCGUUGCUCCACUGCCAGUGCCUCUGUCGUAGUGAGAUAUCAGAGCAGGGCGGCGAUGAUUACUGGCCACUGGGACUCUUAGACCACCCCCCACAGACUCAACAUCUCCCAACUCUACUUGUGCCACGCACAUCUUACUUCCAUUAACCUCAGUGGACCUUGAAUGGAUUCUAGGCUACUGAUUGGACCGGGAAUCCCCACACCGGACCCGACCGCCCGUGCGCCCUGGAAUAUCAGCUCCAUCAACCCGCACCGGCUCAUGGAGCUGUCUCCGGUAGCUACAACUGUCUCCAUUGUCGCAGGCCACCCGUUUCCAACAGUAGACGUCCCAGACCAUGCUCACUACACCAUCGGCGUCGUCAUCCUUGCUGUGGGAAUCACAGGCAUGCUGGGAAACUUCCUAGUCAUGUACGCCUUCUGCAGGAGCCGGAGCUUGCGAACGCCGUCCAACAUUUUCAUCAUCAAUCUAGCGGUUACAGACUUCCUCAUGUGUCUCACCCAAACGCCCACCUUCUUCAUCAACAGCAUGCACAAACACUGGAUCUUUGGAAAGAAAGCUUGUGAGUUAUAUGCUUUCUGCGGAGCGCUCUUUGGAAUCUGCAGCAUGAUGACACUGAUGGUGAUUGCGGUGGACCGGUACAUGGUGAUCACCAGGCCUUUGGCAUCCCUGGGGGUGAUGUCUCGCAAGAAGGCUCUCAGCAUUGUGGCUGCCGCCUGGGUCUACUCGAUGGGCUGGAGCCUGCCUCCUUUCUUCGGCUGGAGCGCUUACGUCCCAGAAGGUCUGAUGACGUCCUGCUCUUGGGACUACAUGACUUUCACCCCUUCUGUCCGCUCCUACACCAUGCUGCUCUUUACCUUCGUCUUCUUUAUCCCUCUCUCCGUAAUCAUCUUCUGCUACUGCUGCAUCUUCAGAGCCAUCCGACACACUACACGAGCGAUAACAAAGAUCAACUCUCAAGGGACCAGAGACUCUGCAAAGAGGUUCCAUAAAAUGAAGAGUGAAUGGAAGAUGGCCAAAAUCGCACUCAUCGUCAUCCUGCUGUUUGUCAUAUCCUGGGCCCCUUACUCCUGUGCAGCCCUCACUGCAUUUGCCGGGUACGCUGACAUGUUGACUCCCUAUAUGAACUCUGUUCCUGCUGUGAUCGCCAAAGCGUCUGCUAUUCACAACCCCAUCAUAUACGCCAUAACACAUCCAAAAUACAGGUCGGCCCUCAGCAGAUACGUUCCCUACCUCGGCGUGUUGCUGUGCGUCACCCACCGAGACCGGUUCAGCAGCAGCAGCUUCCAGUCCACUCGUCGGUCCACCCUCACCAGCCAGUCAGAGUGUAAAGGCCCCAGCAAGCCCCGCACCUCCUCCCUGUCUGAGAGCGAAUCAGCCCACUUUUCAGACACAGAGGAAAACGGCUCGUCCCGGACACCUGUUAGUCAUCACUUGUCCAGCGAUGUUAAACAGACGUUGCGUGUCAGCCAGAGGACGAGGGCGAGAGGUCACAGCGUGGGAGAGUUUGAGAGAACGGUCGCCCUCAGCCCCACUGACCCGGCCUUAUGUUACCUUUCACAGAUCACUACUCUGACGGAGCCUGAAGAUAUCUCCAUGUCGGACAUCAGCCUGAAGCCGACCAGCCACCUCGCUGCUAACGUGGAUACCGUUACGAGCGAGUCAGGGCAAAGGACUGCUUGCAAGACCAAGCCCUCUGUCAUCGUCACCUCCAUAUCCAGCCCGUCUAUAUUGCACAGUCCCCCUGGUUACCACGGCAACCACAAAAUGACCAAAAUUUACAACUCCGUUGCCAAGGAGCCCCUCGACAUAGCCAGGCUGGAGACGACGGCAUUGCCAUGAGCCACUGGACAAAAGUGCAACAACAGUGUGUAACCGUGUGUGAGUGCUUCAGUAUUUCCCUCCAGGGGACUUUUCUGUACCAGCAUGAUGUUUCUAGCUAUGGUAACUCAAAACCAUAGCACUGUGUUUUUUUUGCAUGCAGUGUACGCUGUGAGUACGUGAGCGUGAAUGCCCAGUAAAUUUAACUAUAUGCGUGUGUUUGCACACACACAUGGGUUUUACCUCUUCUGACAUAUCACAAUAGCUGGAAGCAACAAGCCUUAAAAACACAAUGUGAAGGGUUUUUUCUCUUUUACAUCAUUUGAAAAUGAAGGACCCGAUUUUUCUUCUUCUUUUUCUGAUCAUUAGUUUUAGUUUUAAAGUAAAAAUGUCACUGUUGGCUGGUUCUGAGGUGUUUCAAUCAUAGAGAGUAUAAAGAUGGAUGGGGAGUACAGCUCCUCAAAAGUGAAGCCAAAGCAAGUAGAGCGCCCCCUGGUGUCUGGCUACAGUAUAGAUCACAAGCUCCACCUCCUCCAUGUUAGUGGAUGGGAGUUGGGUCAAAGUAAAACACUAAAAAACACACAGAUAUAUACAUAAAAAAAUUGUUUUUUUUCCAAGGAUGCUUUCUGUGAUUUCAGGUUGUUAAUAUAAUGUUGAUGCAUGUUCAAGUGUCAAGUUUUUGGACAAGUUACAUUUUAGUUAUUUGACAAGUACAGUGUAUAAUCCAACUUCCUCCACAAACUGGUGGAGGUAGAGCUGAGAGUAGCAUCAGACGCCAAGCUCGCAAGAUGGCGCCGCCCGUAUCCCCGGGAAACAAACAUCAGUUUGGCCAAUGCAAGGAAGUGGGGACACAUUGUCCAUAUUUAUAUACAGUCUAUGCUUAUGACAAUGACUGGAGAAAAGUUUACACAAUGUUUAUGAGCCACACAUGUUACUGAAUAUUUUCCCAGUGAUGUAGAUGGAAAUGCAGCAGGACCCAUAUGUACUUACAGAUGUUUUAUAUAUAUACUUGAGAAUAUACUAUGAAUAAUUAAAUAUUGAAUACAUUCACAAUAAAUGAAUCAAAUGACUCUGAUCGUGUAUAAAAACUGGUAACACUGCCGAACCCACUUACAUCAACCCACACUACUGUAUGUAUAAUCAAACCACUUCAAGGUUGUUGUGCUGGUUUUCAAAACUCAACCAUAAAUGAUGCUGCAUAUUACAAAACUGUGAACAGUUUACAGCGCAAGGUUUAGCUCAAGCUAAAGAAGAAUAAUGCUGCUAAUGGAAACCUACUGAAAGUUCAAGGCAAAUUUGCUGCUCAUCCUCGUCUUUGUGCCAUUAAGUGGAGGGUGGGUGGAAAAAAAUGAAGCUUUAAUACGACGUGUUUAUUUCUAAACUGGGCAAUCAGGCGCACAUACACAUUUGACAGGACAGUAGUGACACAGUCCUAUUUUUUUUUUCUCUGUUACUGGUGACAUCAAGCACCACAGAUCAGACUCAUCCGGAUGGAAAUGUUUCACCACCGUACACUUAUGUAUGAGUGAGUGUCUGAGUAAAAGAACUGGACUCUGUACUGUAUUUUGCAUUCCUCUUGAUGCCGUAACUUUCUUUAAAAUGAUUGUAGAUAACUGAGCAACAUAAAUGACUCGAUUUUUUUUCAGUUUUUUUUUAUUAUCAUAAUCAGAUUUCAAAAGCUCCUUAUCUCCACUUCUGGACACCGCAAUUCCCUUUGAGACUGGCUAAGACUGUAAAAACAAUCUUCUUCAUGUCCAAAAACCGAAUCUGUUGUCGUUUUAAUUAAUCUCUGUUAACACGCCAACAGGUCCUUCUCGUUGUUGCACAUUUUUCCUGCAGUACCCAUUAAUGAAUGUAUAAAAAUUACCCAAUUAAGUUUAUUAUUAUGGAUUGAUUUUUUUUUUUUUUUGCAUUAUUACAAAACAUAUAUAUAUACUGUAUAUUAUAAAUAUAUUAAAUUAAAAUUCUGCUUUAAUGAAGUGUUGUUUUAAUGAAGUGAUGGUUUCAUGUUGAUUUCGUUUUCUUUGUACAAAAUGUUUUGUGUUGUUUUUAUUUAUUUUUCUAAUAAAAAUGCUGCUAAAUCCUGUAGUGCCGCUGGA